AUGGAGUAUGAAAUAAACGUACCGGACGAACAACAACAAAACACAAGCUUGCAAUCAGAAAUGAUAAACAAGGAGACUGAAAACACACCCGAAAACAUUGACAAACAACAGGAAAAUAUGAACAUAGACAGCCAACAAAAGAACAUAAUGUUCAAACCGAAACCAGACAAUAACCUAGUCGAAAACAAAGACAUACACUCAGAAAUUAAAAACCAAGAUCGCACACAUGAUGCAGUACCCAAAAUAGGAGACUUCGUUUUGGUAGAAUUUUAUACGAAAAAAACUAAAAAACCGUAUGUUGGCAAAAUUUUAGAAGUGCUUGAAAACUUUAAUUAUUACGCAACAUUUUUACGGCAAACUAAACCCCUUGAUGGCCAAGAAUAUUAUAUCUCUGAAGGAAAUUAUAAAAAUACUUGCCGGUCCAAAAGAAAAAAGGAGUCGUUUUUACUUUGA